AUGUCAGCAUACGGAGCGAUCGCCGCACCUGAAUCCAAAGGACCUUUGGAGAUCCGCUCUUGGCCCCUCCCUGUGGAGGGUUUGGUAUUGAUCACGUACCCCAUAACGGGUUCUGAUGCUCCUCAGGAGGUGAUAGAGUAUCUGUAUAGGGUGUUCGAGGAGGAACUUGAAGGCGGUCGAACGUACCCUCAAGAAGGUCCUCUAUCCCUCGAAGGCUUCACAUCGUAUUUCUUCGGCUCGACUACUAUUGUCGGUGUAGUGCAAUCUUCUUCUGAGGAAGUGAAAAAGACCAUAGGAGAGGCAUUGAAAGGUAAGCAGUUAGAGGAUGCUUUGGCGGGAUGUUACUAUAUUAAACCAAAUUAUCCCGGAAGGAGUAGUCAUAAUUGUAAUGGAGGAUUCUUAGUCCCGCCCACUCAACGAGGUCGUAAGAUCGGUUUAACACUGGGUAAAUCCUAUCUCCUCUAUGCACCAGAGUUGGGAUAUAGGGGAAGUGUUUUCAAUCUCGUUUACAAGAAUAAUGUCCCUUCGCUAGCGAUUUGGGAUCAACUCGGAUUUCAGCGAGUAGGAGAGAUCCCCAAUGCAGGUAGACUAAGGACAGGACCAAACGGUACAGAAGAGUAUGUAGACGCAGUUAUAGUGUACAAGUCUUUCGUCUAG